AUGCUGAGACCUGCUAUUCGACAAGCAGUUCGGGUUGGUGUGGCGCGACCACUGACCGCGCGAUGCUACAGCAAGAAGGAGAACGCCCCUCUGCCCUUUUUCACCGAGGAUGCUUCGCCCACCCCCAACACAUGGAAGCAAAAGGUGGGAGAGGGCAUUGUGUCUCUGUUCAACAUCAACAUGGACAAGUUCCGAGCCGCUCCCGUGGCCGGAGGCUACUACUACAACCUGUGCAAGGCCCAGGCUCUUGUGGAUCUCGGAGACCCGCUUUCCAAGGAGGAAAACAAGAAGGAUCGACGUAAGCCCGUCAAGCCCGUCAAGCCACCGGUGCUGUCCGAGACCGCCAAGUUUUGGUACGAGGAGCUUGGAAUGCCUAUGACCUUUGCGCGAUGGUUCCAGAUUGUCGUUCUGCACGAAUGGAUGCUGUUUGUGCGGAUGCGAGCUCUGCCACCUGCCGUUGCCCAGGAGUACCAGCAGCUGCUAGUGGACGCCAUGUUUGUCGACAUUGAGAAGCGGCUGAGCACAGAGAUUCGAAUUCUCAGCAACCGAAUCAUCCAAAAUUACAUGAAGGACUUCAACCUGCAGCUGCGAGGAGCCAUGCUCAGUUACGACGAGGGUCUCAUCAAGGGCGAUGCGGUUCUGGCUGCUGCGCUCUGGAGAAACUUGUUUGACGGAGACCCCAACGUUGACGUGGAGCAUAUCAAGCGAGUGGUUGGCUACGUUCGGGCCCAGCUCUAUCUAUUUGAGAAGACCAGCGAUCGAGACUUUGCUGUAGGUCACUCUACUUUCAUCGAUCCCUGGAGCGAGUACGAGCCAUUGACCAAGGAGCAGGAGGCGGAGAUGCACCGACUCAGUGAAGAGCGUCGACAGAAGGAGGAGAAGGAGAACGUUGCUGCCAAGAGUAAGCUGCAGUAG